GGCGUCCACUGUCACCCAGUCGAAAUUUUUACCAGCGCACGGCACGUGCCUUCGCCGUGACAGACACCGCAGAACAGCCGCCGUCGCAAUCCAUCCACCACACAGCACAACGAUGUUGCCGACCGCCGACGUCUUUGACUGCCAGCCGCUGUCGGCGAAAACGGAAGCCGCGUUGCUGACGCAAGCAACGAGUGCGUGGAAAGGCCUCGUCGACAACGCUGUCUCGUCCGAGUCGUACCGCAUUGAAAAGGUCGUGCGAAAUGAAACGACAGGCCGGUGUGCCACGGUACGCCCAACGUCGACGUCGUCCCCUUGAUCGUUCGCCGCAACACAAUGUUCCCCGAGUGACGAUUCCAUGUAGCUGCGGAAACCGCGCGACACGAUCAAUAUGAGCCAAGAUGGCGUCGUCGCACACACCCGGACUCGCGCCACGAUCGAGCAGGCGGCUGCGUUCUUUUACCUGGACACGGCCGCGAAAGCGGAACAGUUUGCCCGCGUAAUGGACGAGCUCGUUGAAGCCAAACGGACAUUGUACACCCUCGUCGAUCGCCCGGUCGUCGACGACGGCGUGAACAAGCCGCUUGACUACAUCUCCGUCGACUGGAUGAUGAUCAAGUUCAAGAAGGGGGUGCCUGCUCGCGAUUUGUGCUACCUUGAGAUACACAAGGAAUUCAAGUUUGCCUGUCCACUGACCGGCGUUACCCGCCGCGGAUGGGUGCGGUGCAUCCACUCAGUUCGCAUGGACUGCUGCCCCGACAUGCAAAAAAAAUACGGCGUCAUUCGAAUGGAAAUCCAACGGUCUGGCCACGUUUUCAUGGAAUCCAAUGAGCCCGGCGUCCUCGACUACUACAAGCUCUACUUUGGCAGCCCCCGAGGCGCCAUCCUCGGCAAACACUUCAACAAUUUGUACCUAAAAGGCGCAAUGCGGACGUCGGCGCGGGCGAUUCUCAACCUGGACGAACACUUUACAACAGAACGGUUAAAACCUCUGCUCUCGACCCCCCUGCCCGAUGAAAAAGUCGAAUCAAAAACAUGCUCGGGGUGCCAUGCGAGGUUCUCAUGGCGAACAACAAAGCGGCUGUGCCGCGCUUGCGGCGUCGCCAUCUGCCUCAAAUGCAGCUCGUUGUGGUCCCUCACCCUGCAAGGGUCUGCCGUCAAGGUACCGCUCUGUGCCCCGUGCGUUGGCUCCAACUUGGACGCGGACAUUGAGUGCAGUAAAAUCACGUACGACGUGGUGAAUUCGAGUCGGGCGUCGUAUGAAGACGUUUCGAACUACGGCGAAACCUGUCACGGGGAAUUUGGUGUCCCGUCGUCCCCCAGCAGUGCCUCGGUCACCGUGCGAUGGACGCCUAGCGACAGCGGCCCCCUGUCAUCCCACCGAAGCUACGAUGGUCACAUGGUGAUCCAAAAUCAGUCUGAGAGUAUGCAUUCGGCGUCUGGAUCCGCCGACGUCGCCCUCUCCGACCUCAUGUGCUCCAUCGAUCAGCAAAAGUACCUCCUAAACAAGCUUCAAGUCGGUUUGGCAGCACGAGCACGGGGCUACUAGACAAAGUUUUCGUAUAUUUAAUAGAACUGGCAUUGAGGGACCACAACGACGGCGGCGAGUGGCAACGCGCAAGUUACUAGAAGCCCCCAUGUCAUGGAUCGACCAUCCAGGCGUGUUCAACACCACCAUCGGAUUUUAUGGAGCGCACGAUCUUGCGGCGACUUCUACGUGUCGAGUUGAUCAGCGCACGACACGUCCAGCGUUUUCCAAUGGCAGUCUUUAAAAUCCGUCUUGUCGGUUUUGCAAGGCACUU